AUCGGAAUCUCAGUGAUAAAACACCCAGCGUUUGAAGAAAUGGAUAGUAGUACUUAGUGGGAAACGUAGAUGGUGGCGUGGGACAGCCUACUCAAAUAUUAAACGCAGUGCCUACCGUAAGACUCACAAGGGAAAGUCAAUUUUAAGAAUGGAAAAGAAAACGUUUUUGACGUGUCUCUCGGUUUUUCUACUUUGCAUUCCAUGGGGCGAAACAGCACCACAUAAAUGUGUGUGUAGCAUUUAUGCAAGUAACAAAGUAGAGUUGGAAAGCACGAACUUCAUACGAAGCAAAGAGCACAUCGUCCCGGAUCUUGUCUGUGACGAGGGCGCAGGAGAAACUUGUGUCAGACUCUGUAAGUUUCGGUUCUCUCUUCAGACUGGUGGUGGUGAUAUGCAUUAUAUUCCAUCAAUAGUUGAUAUCUCAGUCGGCCAAAUAUUUUGUAACUGGAUCGAACGGGAAGUGAAUAAUGAAACAGUGGUUUUAUUCAGCCAAAUCUGCAACGAAGAGCCUUUGAACACAGGAUUCAAAAUGAACCAGAACUUGUGUUGUGUUAAUGGGAACUUUGUGAACUGUACGUAAGUGUCGGUAAUAUAAACAGUUCAUGACUAACUUCUAUAUUUUGUAAAAUAAAAAAUAAAAUAAAGAAGUGUAAGUGAAUAACAAACGCUUAAAAAUUAAGCGGCAAUUUAACGUCAAACAUUAAAUCUGCAUCUUUUAUUGGAUGAUUCAAGAUAACGUAUUUUACCAAAGUGGUUAUUUAAUCUCAUAUCUGAGAAAAGACGCCAAUUAAUUAUGUAUAAAAUAUGUUCAAUUUAGAUAAAUUCAAAAUUCUAGCAUUGACGUGAGCAUUUAAAAUUAUGAGUUGUAUAUCCAGAAGUGAUUUUCAUCAAUAUAAUAUAAUGAAACGUCUCAAUAUUUUAA